AUGAGCACCACCGCCACGGAGCUGGCGCCCAGCAAGUCGAAUAUCGGCGUCUUCACGAACCCAGCGCACGACCUCUGGAUCGCGGAAACCACGCCCAACCUGUCCGAAGUGCAAGCCGGGUCGGACCUGAAAGAAGGCGAGGUGUACAUCGCGGUCAAGUCGACGGGGAUAUGCGGGUCGGACGUACACUUCUGGCACGCGGGCUGCAUUGGGCCGAUGAUCGUCACGGCCGACCACGUCCUGGGCCACGAGUCCGCGGGCGUGGUCCUCUCGGUGCACCCGUCGGUGACGAGCCUCAAGCCGGGCGACCGCGUGGCCAUCGAGCCCAACAUCCCGUGCUUCGAGUGCGAGCCCUGCCGGACCGGGCGGUACAACGGGUGCGAGAGCGUCGAGUUCCUCAGCACGCCGCCCGUCGACGGUCUCCUGCGGAGGUACGUCAAGCACCCGGCCACGUGGUGCCACAAGAUCGGGGACAUGAGCUUCGAGAACGGGAGCCUGCUGGAACCUCUGUCGGUCGCGCUGGCCGGCAUGGACCGCGCCGGCGUCGCGCUCGGUGACCCCGUGCUGAUCUGCGGCGCGGGUCCCAUCGGCCUCGUCACGCUGCUCUGUUGCGAAGCCGCGGGCGCGUGCCCCAUCGUCAUCACCGACAUCGACGAGGGCCGCCUGAGGUUCGCAAAGAGCCUCGUCCCCCGGGCGUCGACGUUCCAGAUCCCCGUGGGCAAGACGCCCGAGGAGUGCGCCGAGGGCGUCAUCUCCGCCAUGGGCGGCGUGCGGCCCCGGGUCGCCAUGGAGUGCACGGGCGUCGAGUCCAGCGUGGCCAGCGCCAUCUGGAGCGUCAAGUUCGGCGGCAAGGUCUUCAUCAUCGGCGUGGGCAAGAACGAGAUGAAGGUGCCCUUUAUGAGGUUGAGCACCAUGGAGAUCGACCUGCAGUACCAGUACCGGUACAGCAACACCUGGCCCAAGGCCAUCAGGCUGGUGGAGAACGGGGUGAUCAAGCUGGAGAAGUUGGUCACCCACCGCUUCAACAUGAGCGACGCGGUGCAGGCGUUCAAGACGGCGAGCGACCCCAAGAGCGGUGCUAUAAAGGUCCAGAUCAAGAAUGAUGACAGUUUAUAGUUUUUUGGGGGGCCCAUCAACGAGUACCUCGUUACCACACUACAACCUGAUAUACAAAGCAUGGGCCGAGUACAAACUUGAAGAGAUACAGAGCAUGAGGAGGACUCCCCGAGAAAUACCACAAGACCCCGAAAGAAAUGUAAAUCUGUUGGUUCGUUGUUUUCCUGCUCGAAGCAUUUUGCGCGGAACGAGGUAGAAACACAAAACAAUAUAUACGGAGUAUACCUAGGUAGAGCAU